GGGGUGUUGGAUACGUGAAUUUCGCAGAGAAGAAGAUGGAUGAGCGGCAAGCUCUGUCGUUGCUGGGACUGAAAGGGCGGGCGUCGCGACAGGAGAUCCGGGCGGCGUACCUGCGUCGCACGUGGGAAACCCAUCCCGACCGGUUUCCCGCCCCGAAGCGCGCCGAGGCGGAAUGCAUGUUCAAGCAGGUAUCGACGGCGUAUCACAUACUCAUCAACGGUCAGCGCGGCAGCAAUGCGUACGCUUCGGCAGGGGGGCGGAACUGGUCCGCGGGAGGUUCGGCAGCGGCAGCCGCAGGCUCGGGCGGCGGCGCUUGGGGAAGCGCUAGCGCCGCCAGCCAAGCGGCGGGAUGGACAGCAGGCACCAGGUCACGCGCGGGACGCCGCGUGGCAGUCAUGCUUCCUUUCCUUCUCAUCACCGUCGGGACGGUCACGCUUGGCGCCAACCGCCUCAGGCGCGCCUACCAGAUCCAGCGUCGGGACUGCCCAUCAAGAAACCCCUUUCUUCCUUGAUUUGAAUCGGGAGGAACGUCUGCCUCGGGAUAGGACUCGAAGCGAACAGAACUCAGAUGUCAUGCAUAUGCAUCCUCCGAAAAACCUCAGGAGAGAGAGAGAGAGAGAGAGAUGGAUUCAUACAUUCUCUAAACACAAUAAUUCCCGACAAUAUAUUUGUAAAUGCAGUUGUGCUGUGUGACUAAGAUAAUACUAUGCAUGGGGGGAGACAGAGAGACAGAGAGACAGAGAGAGAGAGAGAUUAUACUCGGAGAACUCGCAAAAAGAAAGCGUGAGGGGAUCGGGUUGAGAUGAAUUACCUCCAAUUUAUUUCAGAGAGCAGUACUUUAUAGCACCAGCAAACAUAAUUCUGUUUUUUUUUUCCCCUUUUUUCGCAGUAAUGAAACUCUGCCCUUGUG